AUGGCGCUCGGCAAGCUUGCGGUGGCCGCGCUGGUGGCGUCUCUCCUCCUGCUCAGCACCAUCAAGGCUGCCGACUCUCCUGCUCCGGCUGCUGCUCCGCUCGGGCCCCCUCCCCACAACAUCGUAGACCCCUCUAAAGACUGCGGGUGGGCGUGCAACCUAUGGUGCAGCGCCAACUCGCGGUCGAAGCUGUGCAGCCGGGCGUGCCUCAAGUGCUGCAGCGUGUGCCGCUGCGUGCCGGCGGGCACGGCCAGCAACAAGGAGACCUGCGGCAAGUGCUACACCGACUGGACCAUGCACGGCAACAAGACCAAGUGCCCCUGAAUAUCUUCAGCCAACCUAAAUAUCUUAGUAGAGUAGCUAAGCUUUGCUCAUGAUUGUCGUUAGCGUUACCGGUGACCUUCGUGAUUUCGUCUUAGUGUGGAAGGAACGGUGUUGA